AGUAGGUGCAACGAAAGGAGAAGUUGGAUUAUCGUCUGAAAUAAAGCAAAUAAUGCUGUUGCAUGAAAAGGUGUAACAAUGAUGGUCAAUAGUUUCUUUCUUGUGUUCGUAUGUGGAUUGCUUUGGAUCAGUGUUUCUGACGGACAAGGUCAUGACCAAAGAUUGAAGACUCUUGCAAACGAUUUCAGAAAUAUUAUCGCGCAAAACAGUAUCAGAAAACAAUAUGCUGUACUGUAUCUCUCGAAACCUGCUGCCACGAGUGGUCAGGUGUAUUAUGAGCCGACACCGCCACAUGUGGCACCUGCGUUUGUGUACCCUGACAUCACCGGCGAUAUGAUCACAAACAACGCUGAUUACCCGUACACAUACAGCGCACUCACUCCAGACUACAACGCUGCACGCUUCGGAAAAGUUUUACACAAAGCCACAACAAUUCACACAGAAGAUAUAGCGCUUAAGUUGGUCUUUCCUCACAUGGAGAAGUGGUUUAAUUCUAAAUACAAUGCUAAUGUUAUAUCUGUUUACCUGUACUCGUACUACCUACCAUGUCCAGACUGCACAAACAUUAUCCAGACAUUUCUUACGAGUCAUCCAACUAUAGGUUUGUACAUUGGAUUUUCGCAGUUGUACGGCGGCAACAACGAAGGUAGUGACCCGGCAAAAAGACAACAGACCAAGCAGCGGAAGCAGAAUUUAUCAAUAAUGUUGAACAAUCAUCAUGGCCGUCUGUUUGACCUUGGAAGUUUUAAGCCUUCACCUGUUGGGAAAAGAGAAACCAGUGAGGGUUGUUUUGUAUCGGAUGCGAACGGAGAGCUCUUCUUGACCUUGAACUUUACAAAUGGUGAGGUACUAGCAUUUUUCACCAGAAAGUUAAAUGGAACAAUCGUGCUUGCAGACAAAGAUGACAACGAUAUUGCAUCAAGAACAGUGCUUGCAGAUGAAUCCGAAAUAAUAUCGUUUGGAAAAUAUAUGAAUGAAGGUUUCAAUGCUAAAUUUUACGAUGGGCUUGACGGACUUAAAAUGCAGACAGAGCCAUGGAACCAGUGCGGUGUCGAUAUGGAAGUCAUGAAAGAACUUCCAGCUCACUACUCGGAAGUUCGCAUUUGGCUUCAGAUACAGGACGGGUCUCCGUUUGUAUGCCUCAGUGGCCGGAAGUUUUCGCAUAUGAAGUUUGACAGAGUACAAUUGGAGGGAAAGAGUGAAAAGGGACUGACUACUCUUUCAAACAGUGUGUUGGUUAAUCAGUUUAAAGAGCACAAGAUAGGGUCCGAAGAAAGAUGCUACAAGUUUCCACGUCUGAAUAAGGACUUUUCAGAAGGGUUUCGGGCAAAGUACAUAACCUGCGCUUCCUACACUAACUGUACAUACGGAGAGCUCUACGACAAUGUGACGCCAUACUGGACACCAUGGUAAGGAUACCAUGGCAUGAACCUUGUUUUUAGUUAGGAGCGGCAGACGUUACACUUUGUUUUCUCUUAAAGGAAUGUUACUUUGAUUUAGUUUUAUCUUUUAUGUUACAUUAUGUUAAGCAGACAAUAUAUACACAAGGAGAUAGAGAGAGAGAGAGAGAGAGAGAGAGAGAGAGAGAGAGAGAGAGAGGGUGAAUGUAAUGUUUCAGUUAGUUUUACCAUUUAUGUUACACUAUGUUAAGCAGAAAAUGAUAGAGAGAGAGGGGGAAUGAUAUAAUGAUAUAAAGAUAAAUUACAUAAUUCUUGCUUCCGGUGUAGUACUGAAUUACUUGAUAUAUUUAUUAUGUAAGACUGAAACAACCCGAAACUUAUUUUUUUCAACAAUUACAAUUCAUAAAGUUUCAAAUUUACUAUGUCGCAUUUUUGGACAAUUCGAAGCAAUCUAACGACUUUAAUUGACUAGUUUCAGAAUAAAUAUGUUAAAUAAUAAUUAACGUGAAAAAUGGCUUAUUUAGGAAAUAAAAUUCUACAUGCAAUU